CCCUUCUCUUUCGGGCGUACCGCGCUGCGAGCAGCAAUGGCGUUGGCCGCGGCCGCGCGCAGAAGCCUCGCAUCCGGUGGCCUCUCCGGCCCCCUCGCCCGCCGCCUCCAUCCGUCACUGGCCCAGCUGCUUCCAUCCAACUCCUCCGGCGAUCCUCUAAAGCCCUCGCCCCUUCCACCCCCACCCGCACCACGACCGUUUCACUUCGCGCUCGCCCCUCGCGGGACAUCCCAAACCCUAAGCUUCCCCCCGUUCGGUCUUCACCUCUUCCCCGGGCCAUCCCGCCGCAGCUUCUCCUCUUCCCGCGACACUGGCUUCACCGACACCCUCACCGAUGCCGCCCAUUCCGCAGCGUCCGCGGCGGUCCCAGCGAGCUUCCCCGGCGAGGUGGCAUGGGCCGCGGAGGACUCAUCAAUGGCCGUCGCGGCGGUGCAGCAUCUCAUCGACGUGAUCCAUUCCUUCACCGGUCUGAACUGGUGGAUUUCUAUUGCUCUCUCCACAGUGCUGCUACGCUGUGGGAUGUUCACAAUUUCGACGCUUGUCAAUAAACGACUAUAUGGUAUGCGUCAGGACCUUGAACAAUACAUCAAGUGGGUAAAGAAUACUAAGGGUGAGAAAUCAAUACAAGAACUUGCAGAUGCAGCAGAUCCUAUGGUCAGAAAGCUUGGUUUUCUGCCAACUCUUCACAUCAUUGUGACACCAUAUACCUUUAUAACUCUUUACAGUGCUAUAUCAAACAUGGUUGAGAAAGUUCCAUCUUUAAAAGGGGGUGGAGCUUUAUGGUUUCCUGAUCUGACGACCCCUGAUGCUCUUUGCAUCUUUCCCAUGAUAACAUCACUGUUCAUCAUGCUUCGCUUUGAGGUCAACUAUGGUGUUGCAGCAAAACGUACAGAACGCUCUCGCAAGAUGGAAGAUAAUGUAAGGCAGGUUGUGAGAGCAAUGUCUCUUCUACCUAUGCUGUGGACAGCUACCCUUCCUCAGGCGAUUUCUUGUUCCUUGGUCACCUGGAGUUCUCUAAGUCUUGCAGAAAGGAUAGCUCUCGAACAGCCAGCUGUGCAGAAAGUACUAUAUGGCACCCCCUUGAAACAAAGAAAAUGUUCUUGUGAUGGACAGAAGGGCCCAACUGCUGAAGAUGAUGCCCCUUCUGUCAAAGAGCAGGAAGAGCCCGUUUCCCCAGAGACAAAGAAAUCUUCUGAUGGUAGCACUCACAGAGAAGAGUCCGAUAUGAAAUCGACCAAAGACGGUUAAAUGUAGACACUAAUACUCGCCACUUUUUUUUCGAGAUGAACUACACCACUUACCGGGUAGCAAUCUCCUAGUCUUAUGCUUUAUCUGGUUCCAGGAGUAGAGUAGCUGGCUACUACUGGAGACGAAUAGGUAGCAUACUGACGUGUUCAUCAUGUGCUAGCUUAGGUAUGGUGAGAUCUCCUGGCCUUCAUUGACACCAUGUUUUGUAAGAAAGAUUUCAUCGACACUGAUGACAUUGUACGCCUUCUCAGUUUCAUUGUGAAGGAAUUGGGAGGGACAACAAUAGAUUUUUCAGAACAAUGA